CCACCACCACAUGCUAUCAUAAACUCAUAAUAACGCUUCUUGCUCCCAAACCCAAAAAGCCCAAUCACAGAAUCUCCAUUGUUUUCUCUCUCUAUCGAUCCACAACCACGCGCGGCGAUCGGAGAAUCACGCGCCACCAUGUCAUCCCCACCGACACUCCCCGUUUCCACCUCCCAAUCCAACAACAACGCCGCACAAUCCCAACCUCCGAUCGCAACCCCAGCCUUCCGCAACUUCAUCACUCGCGUCUCCACCACCCUCCGCCAAGGCUUCUCCUACCGCCGCCCGUGGUCGGAGCUCGUUGACCGCUCCUCCUUGUCACGGCCUGACACCCUCGCCGAAGCGUACUCUCGGAUCCGCAAGAAUUUCUCAUACUUCCGUGUCAACUACCUCACCCUCAUCGCCAUCGCGCUCGCGGUGUCGCUCGCUACGCAUCCGUUCUCGCUGCUUGUCCUCUUCGGCCUCCUCGCGUCGUGGUCGUUCUUCUACCUCUUCCGCCCUGCAGAUCAACCCGUCGUCCUCUUCGGCCGCACGUUCGCAGAUCGCGAAACCCUAGGGAUCCUCGCCUUGCUCACAAUCUUCGUUGUUUUCCUCACCAACGUUGGAUCGCUCUUGAUCUCCACUCUCAUGGUUGGCUUGGCCAUCGUCUGUGCGCACGGCGCGUUCCGCGUCCCGGAGGAUCUCUUCCUUGAUGAACAAGAGCCGAUGAACACUGGAUUCCUCUCGUUCCUCGGCGGUGCUGCUGCUUCCGCUGCCGCUCCAGCAGUCGCGCGCGUUUGAACGGCGGGAUCUGUUGCCGGUGGAGCGUUGUGAGGAUGUGAUGUGAGAUUCAGAGAAUGAGGAAGGUUUUUCGAUGUUAACGUAAAUGAUAGACUCCUGUGAAAUCUGCUAUAUUUUGUUAUCGAUUGUCGUUAUACAUUGCGUACUUAUUCUAGUUUACAUGAUCAGCUAUUCAAGUUUCUGGAAAUCUUAUAUGGUGUUGAUUGUAAUAUAGGUAAAUUGGGGUUGGAAACAUGUGUGGCUUUCAAUUUAGGAAGAAAUUCUGACAUGUUUUGGGUUUGAA